UUGAUAUAACCUCACAAACGACAAUACGGUUAUGUCAAUCAUUUUCAAAACCAAUUUAAUUAAAUUGUGUCGUGUCACACUUUACCAAAAUUAUAGAAUGAGUGCCCCGAAAUGUAGUGUUGCAAUCUGCCAAUUUACAGCAACAAACAAUAAAGAGAACAACUUGAAAAUCGUUAAACAACUGGUGUCUGAAGCGGCUCAAAAACAAGCCAGGAUUGUAUUUUUACCCGAAGCGUCCGACUAUAUUGCAACUAACAAAAAUGAAGCCAAAGCCUUUGCGGAACCAUUGAAUGGAACGUUAAUGAAUGAGUACAGAAAUUUAGCAAAAACUAAGAAAGUUUGGUUGUCAGUGGGUGGUUUUCAUGAAUUGGUUAAGAAUGAGAAUAAUGAGCACCAAAUUUUUAAUACACAUGUAUUGAUUGAUGACGAGGGCGAAAUAAAUGGUGUAUACAAAAAGUUACAUUUAUUUGAUGUUAGCAUUCCAGAGUUGAAUGUUAAUUUGAGAGAAUCAGACUUAAAUGAGGCUGGGCGACAACUUGUACCUCCGGUUAUGACACCAGCAGGACCUUUGGCCUUAGCUAUAUGUUACGACUUGCGAUUUCCUGAAUUGAGCAUUAUCCAACGCAAACAAGGUGCUAGUAUUUUAACAUACCCUUCCGCAUUUACAAAAGCCACAGGAAUUCUCCAUUGGGAAACUCUACUAAGAUCUAGAGCUAUUGAAACCCAGUGCUAUGUUAUAGCAGCGGCCCAGUAUGGCAAACACAACGAGAAAAGAACCUCAUAUGGACAAGCCCUAAUUGUAGACCCCCAAGGAAAAAUUAUUGCAGAAUGCCCAAAAUAUCGCGAAGGGCAUGAAACAAAUCAAAGCAUAGCAAUUGCAGAAAUUGAUUCAAACUUAAUUCAGAAAGUUAGGACAGAAAUGCCUGUUUUUCAACACCGACGUAGCGACAUUUACCAACUUCAAGUGAUUGGGGGCGAGAAAAUACCAAUCAAUGAUGAAGAAACUUUCUCAUUUGCUCAUAAAAUUAUUCCAGCGAGUACGGUUUUUUACAGGACGAGGCACUGUUAUGCCUUCACAAACAUCAGAUGUGUUGUUCCUGGACAUGUCUUGAUUUCAACGAUGCGUUGUUGCAAACGAUUGGAGGAUUUAACAGCAGAGGAAGUAACUGACUUAUUUUUAACAGCAGUCAAAGUACAGAAAGCGGUCGAAAAUGAAUAUUCUGCCAGUUCUUCAACCCUUUGUGUACAAGAUGGAAAACACGCGGGUCAAACAAUACCACACGUCCAUAUACACAUACUACCGAGGAAACCCAACGAUUUUGAAGUAAAUGAUGAAAUUUAUGACAGAUUAGCAAAACAUGAUCGGGAAGAAAGCCAAGAACCGCUCAGAAAUGUCGCUGAAAUGUCCCAAGAAGCGGAAAUUCUACGAAAAUAUUUUUAUCAAUAAUUGUAAUUAUUUAGUAUAUAAAUCUGAAGUACUUAAUAGAAGUUUUUUCCAC